CCGCCCCUCCUCUGCCCCCCAGCCCCAGAACACCCGCUCAGGCAAAGCCGGCGACUCCCUCCCCCCUCUCACACGCCCGCGACGCCUGAAUCAAUCAUGAACAUGGUACUGGGACCAGUCCACAUUCCUAGCCCUCCGUCGGCUAUAAGUACCCCAGGCCACCACCAGCCGCGCGCAUUUCCGGUCUCACACACCCGCCAGGCCGCCAGAGAGGGGUACCGCCGUGCCGUACCGGUGGGAGGGGAGGAGGAGGCCACCGCGGAGAGGCGCACGGGACUAAGCGGCGACGCUCGACGAUCCCGUCCUCUCCGGGGAGCUCCUCGAUCUGCAGCUGUUCGAGCGAUCAAGCCCUUCCCUGCAUUCCCUGAGCAAUCCGAAACCGCGCCGCCCUCCUCUCACGCGGGUUCACGAGACAGGAACUCGAGCCUUCAGAUAUGGCACCACGAGGAAGACCUCCGAAGCAUGUGUGCAACAAGUGCUAUAAGAACUUUCCUUCAGGGAGGGCUCUUGGAGGCCACAUGUCACUCCACUGGCGCAAAGUGAAGCAGCCAAAGGGAACACCAAGCCCUCCUGCCACUGUUGUCGACUUGAAUGUGUCGCUGCUGAGUCCAAGUGAUGAGGAGACUUUCCUGCGGUCCUCAGGAACACAAUGCCAGCUGUGCUCAAAGGUGUUCUCUGCCUGCGAUUCUCUGAGGAAGCACAUGAGAGAGCACAGGGAGAAGAACGUCUUGAGUAAGCCCGCCGAAGAAGCAGCUGGGCUGAUGGAAGCUCGGGUCAUUGCUGGUGGUGGCUGCAAUGUCCUGUUAUCCCCUGUGAAGCGCAAGCGGUCAAAGAGGGGGGUACCACCACUCAAGUUCAAUGAGAUGGAUGCUGCAGCCUCUCUCCUGCUGCUUUCAGAGCAUUCUAGCAAGAUUUCAGCUUAUGAAGAUUGCUAUACAGAAGUUAUGGACAGUUUUGCCCCCAAUGUGUCGAAGGAUGUGAAGCUGAAUGCUUUUGAUCAUCAACUGGUUCGAUCUGCUGAGUUCAAGAAGCCGAAAGGUUGCAAGUGUUCAGCUUAUGAUAUUUUCUAUGGGCAAUGUGUUAAGGACAACAACUUGAUCCCCAAUGUUGCCAAGGAAAAAACUUCGAUCCCUAAUAUUGCCAAGAAUUCAGCUUGUGAGGAUUGCUUUGGACAAUGUGAGAAGGACAGCAGCUUGAUCCCAAAUGUUGAGCUGAAGGAAAGAAGUUUGAUCGCCAAUGUUCCUGAGAAGGACAACACUUUGAUCUCCAUUGUUCUUGAGGAGGUAGAGCUGAAUGUGCUUGAUCAUGUGCUGGCUGGAGAUGCUGAGCUUAGGAAGAAGCAAAGAACUGACAAUUCAGUUGAGAUGAAGCGUGCUGAUCUUUCAGCUGCAGUGAAGGUCAAGAGGCACCAGUGUAAUGCCUGUGGGAAGUCAUUUGGGUCAGGGUCAGCGUUGGGAGGCCACAUGAGGUGGCACCUUCCUAGAUCCAAUGAUCGCCGUCAUGGGUUCGCCGAAAGCCCUGAUUCUGUUGCGAUGAAAGAGCAAAAGCAGAAGCUUGAAUUGGACACCAAGUUUCUUGAUCUCCAACUUCCAGGUCUCACUGACAUCACUAUUUUCUCGGGCUUGAAAUCUGAACCUGAGCCGUGGCGUGUUGCAAGCAGCGUUCACUGAGCCAAUGCCGAUGCACACUGUUGUCUGAACUGCUACAGUCACUUCACUUUUGUGUAUAGUCAAUCAGCCUGAUGGCAAAACUUCCAAUUUGUCCAUUUGUAAAUAGUCACAAGCUUUGCACUGAUCCUGCUCUUUACCGGCAAAUUUUCGUGGCAGUAAAGGCCAAGGAUCUUAUGCAGUUGCUUGGUUGGUGCACAGUACAGCACCUUUGCUCAGUUGAAUGCACAAGCAUGAGAUUGUGUCAUUCUAGCACUAACUAAUGAUCUGGAGUUGCCUAACUGCCGUAUGCUUCCUCCUUGCACACAUUUGUGUCUGUAAAUGUUCAUAUCUUGAAAUGGUUCUGCAAUAAAAGAGAAGCUGGUCAGAGUUUUUCCAA